AUGUCGCACCUCGCUUCCUCACCGUUUUCUCUUCAUUUCAUCGAUUCCGUGGGGGGCUUCCCAAAUGCCACAAGCUUGGCGGCCAUGCGAGCAAAAGGUCGUAUUCUCAGCAGUCACAAGACCCUCGCUCCCAAAUCAAGCCGCAUUCGGGUCAGUGACUGGACGCGUCGCGAAUCCACCGUGUCGCUAAAUCAAUCUCCAGCCCCGUUUCAGGCAAGAACCCAUACUUGCGGGCAGCUCUCGGCCGCAGACAAUGGUUCACGAGUCAUUCUCGGGGGCUGGCUGCUUCCUGAGCGAAAGGGAAAACUCGUGUCUUUCUUUCCGCUGAAGGAUUCUCAUGGCACAACUCAGCUAAUUGUCGACCGUUCAAAUCAGGCUAGCCUCCUACAUGGUCUUUCUAAUGUCCCUACAGAGUCCGUGGUGCUCAUCGAGGGUACUGUCGUCCUGAGACCCCAAUCCGCCCGCCGGCAUGGCGGUACAGGUGAUAUUGAUGUCCAGGUGGACAACUAUACGCUUUUAAAUCCAGCAGAUCCUGCUAUCCCCUUCCUAUCUUCAAAUGUGCACAACUUGCCAAACGAUGAGUUAAGGUCCCGCUAUCGAUAUUUAGAUCUCCGGCGUGACCCCGUAUCCCAAAAUUUGAGGAAGCGAAGUCAAGUAGCACAUAUUAUCCGCAACCUUCUUCACGAGCAAGACUUUCUCGAAGUCGAAACUCCCGUUUUGCUCAGAUCAUCGCCCGAGGGUGCUCGAGAAUUCCUCGUUCCUACUCGAUCGCUGUCGGGGAGCAAUAUCGGCAAUCUCAGCGAUGUACCCCUUUUUUACGCUCUUCAACAAUCCCCUCAGCAACCGAAGCAGUUGCUUAUGUGUUCGGGGGGUGUUGACAGAUACUAUCAAUUAGCGAGGUGUUUUCGAGAUGAAGAUGGUCGCAAGGACAGGCAGCCAGAAUUCACGCAGGUCGAUAUGGAAAUGGCCUUCGUGUCCUGGGGCACUGAACACAACGUAGAGUCCUUGUCUACAUCUGCUUGGAGGAUAGGUGGUCAACAAAUCCGCGAUGUCGUCGAAUCCCUGAUCCGACGUGUAUGGUCUACCGUGGAAGGCGUAUCCCUGCCAGAGCGGUUUAAAGUCAUGACAUACCAUGAUGCUAUGACACGUUAUGGAUCCGACAAGCCAGACACUCGCUACGGCCUGGAGAUCGCCAACCUUACGCCCUCUUUGCCACCUCCCCUAAGCGAUCCUCUCGCGAAGGAAGACGAAGUCCUGGAGUGCAUUCUAGUUCCCAAGGGAUCGAAAUUCAUUCAGGCAUCUAACCAAUGUGAAGCAUCGCCUCAAACUGAGCGCGUUACAAUCACCGAUGAAAAUAUUACAUCUUGGGCAUUCAAUAAUAGCCUUAUACCCCCAACGCCCCCGGAAAUUAUGCAAUCUUCCUAUACCGAUAUUAAUGGGGUCUUGAAUGCAAAGCCAGGCGAUGACGUAUGGCUUUCUCGCCGCUCGCGUCGACCUCAGGGUGGGUCCACAGCCUUAGGAAGGUUACGCACACAAUUAUUCCAAGUGGCUCAAGCUUCUGGAGCAUACAAACCCACCACGAAACCCCAUUUCUUGUGGAUCACUGAGUUCCCCUUGUUCACGCGCGGGGAUCAGGACAAGGAGUUUCUAGCUCAUGGUCGAUGGAGCAGUACGCAUCACCCGUUUACCGCACCAAUGUGGCAGGACAUCGAGGCGAUGUACAACGGUGACUUGGCAGCGGUUCGCGGACAGCACUAUGAUCUGGUUCUAGACGGUGUAGAGAUCGGCGGCGGCUCGGUUAGGAUACACGAUGCUGCCAUGCAAGAAUAUAUUUUCUCUGAAGUGCUUCAGUUGACUGAGCCGGAGAAAGCACCAUUUAAUCACCUGUUGCACGCCCUCAAAUGUGGCGCACCACCUCAUGGGGGCAUUGCUCUGGGCUUCGAUCGCCUCAUGGCUAUUCUCUGCCAGGCCCAGUCUAUUCGUGAAGUGAUCGCGUUUCCUAAGACGAGUGUCGGAACCGACUUGCUGUUCAAAAGUCCCGCUUCAGUCAACGAAGAGGUGCUAUACCAGUACGGGCUACAGCCACGAUCAACUACAAGGUGA